AGAUCAUAUUAUCCACUGACAAAUAUAGCCCGUUAGUGCACAGGCCAGGAGGCUCCAGUGUGUGGCGGCUGCGGCGUCAACAGGCUCUGCAGCCCGGAUUCCACUAGGCAGGCAGCAGGCAGGGGCUGGGGCGGCAGCUCGGUCACGCAGUCACGGGUAAUUUCAUGCUCCCAAAAUGGGACACAAAGUGGUCGUGUUUGACAUUUCUGUCGUCAGAGCCUUGUGGGAAACGCGUGUCAAGAAGCACAAAGCUUGGCAGAAGAAGGAGAAAGAAAGGCUCGAGAAAAGCGCAUUGGAAAAGAUAAAGGAGGAGUGGAACUUCGUGGCCGAGUGCAGGAGGAAAGGCAUCCCCCAGGCUGCCUACUGCAAGAAUGGCUUCGUAGACACCAGCGUGAGGCUUCUGGAAAAGAUCGAAAGGAACUCCCUCACCAGGCAGAGCUCACUUUCCAAGGAGAGAGACAAACAGAGCAGUCCGUUUGUGUUUGAACUUUCGGGGGAGCAGUGGACGGAGCUCCCCGAUUCCUUGAAGGAGCAGACACACCUGAAAGAAUGGCACAUCAGUAAUACCCUGAUUCAAAACAUUCCUACCUAUAUUGAGCUGUUUCAAGCGAUGAGAAUUCUGGAUCUGCCAAAAAACCAAAUCUCCCGACUUCCAGCUGAAAUUGGUUGUUUGAAGAACCUGAAAGAGCUCAAUGUGAGUUUCAACCAUCUGAAGAGCAUUCCUCCAGAACUGGGGGACUGUGAAAAUCUAGAGAGAUUGGACUGUUCUGGAAACCUAGAAUUAACCGAGCUCCCCUUUGAAUUAAGUAACUUGAAGCAAGUUACGUUCGUAGAUAUCUCAGCAAACAAGUUUGCCAGUGUCCCAAUCUGUGUCCUGAGGAUGUGUAAUUUGCAGUGGUUGGAUAUGAGCAAUAAUAGCCUGAAUGACCUGCCCCAAGAUAUAGACAGGCUAGAAGAACUGCAGACCUUUCUCUUGUAUAAGAACAAACUGACCUAUCUUCCUUACGCCUUGCUUAACUUAAAGAAGCUCACCUUAUUAGUCGUCAGUGGGGACCAUUUAGUGGAGCUCCCAACGGCGCUGUGUGACUCUUCCACACCUUUAAAAUUCGUAAGCCUCAUGGACAAUCCUCUUGAUAACACCCAGUGUCAAGAUGAUGUCGAAGUGAUGGAAAGCGAAAGAGAUCGUCAAUGCUUUGAUAAAGAAGUUUUGAAAGCCUAUCUUGAAGAUCUUAAAGAAAGAGAAUCUGUUCCCAGUUAUACCACCAAAGUAUCUUUUAGCCUUCAGCUUUGAUACCAUCCACCAGAAGACUACAUAAUCUCCCUGUGCUGUGGAGCUGUAAAUCUUGGUAUUGUGAAAUAAUGGUUUGUGCUUAAGGACAAAGUCUAGAAACCACAGUCAUAGUUAGGAAAAAUGACUUUCAAAUUUCACAUUUGUGAAUUCUUCCCUCUGUUGACUGGAGAAUUGAUAAGCUAGUUUAUAUAUAAAGGCUCAUUUGCAAAUACUUGUAUCUAAAUAAUGCACAUUUAAUAUUUUAGAAAAUGUGUUUUUCUAAAAAAAUUAUGACUCAAAGACCAAAAUCUGAAGCUGAUUGCACUGUUUUUAGGAAUCCAGGGAUAAAGGGGUUAUAAAAAGAGCAUUUAUAUUGGACUAGUCAAAUGAUACUUUAUUUUGAAAGAGUUUUAAUGAGGUUAUUUCUUUUACUGAGAAAAGCUGUCCUUGGGUUAAUUCAAACUGCUAUUUUCAUAUGUUUUAAUUAUAUUUUGUAAGUGUAGGGUCUUGGGAGAGACUUCAGGUAUAAUUUGGGUAUUGAAGGUAGAAAGAAAUGCUGAUUGUCUGCCCAUGCAUUGGGCACAGGACACGCAGAUGGUGCACUGGUAGCCCUUGCAGAGGUAGCAUGGGCCUGACUGGUUCUGGGAAGCCUUAUGUGGCCUGCAUGGGUGGUCCUCCUGUCCUGAGUGGGCAUCUUGGGGGUCCUGGGACCCACCUUAGAGUAGGGAGCAGAGGCAGUACCCUCAGGGACUCCUCCUCCAAGGUGGCCAUACAGGGUAGCAGGGAUGACUAGUCUAUACUAAUGAGGAACCCCUAGCAAAGCUUCCUGGCAGGUACCACAGAACUCUGCCAAUGGCCAUAAUGCUAUGGUCCACAAAGAACUCAUGAGACUGUUUUAUACUGGCAAAAGUUGGGAUUCAUGAUAGGGCUUUUAACUCUUACACUACAUCAUAUGAUUUGGGGAAAUUGUACAAAUAUCUAUUUUUAUACCACUAUUUUGGGCUAAAAAAAAACCAGGAUUGUGAGUUGAAGAUAAGCUUUAACAAGUAGCUUUUGUGACUAAGAAGGAAAAAGUGCAUAUAUUCACAAAUAUUCAUAUAUGCAUUGGCUCCUACAUGGUCUAGUUCAGUACCCUCCGAUAGAAUUUUCUGUAGUGAUGGAAAUUUUCUGUAUCUGUGCCGUUCAAAUGUAGUGACCACCAGACACAUGUGCUUUUUGACUACUGAACAAUGGUGUUACUGAAGAACUUUUAAUUAAUUAAGGAUUUUUAAUUAAAUUUAAAUUUAGUGGGGAUCCCUGGGUGGCUCAGCAGUUUAGCGUCUGCCUUCAGCCCAGGGCGUGGUCCUGGAGUCCCAGGAUUGAGUCCCACAUCGGGGUCCCUGCAUGGAGCCUGCUUCUCCCUCUGCCUGUGUCUCUGCCUCUCUCUCUCUCCCUUUGUGUCUCUCAUGAAUAAAUAAAUAAAAUCUUAAAAAAAAUAAAUUUAGAUUGCCACAGGUGGCUGCCAUAUUGGACACACAAUUCUAGCCAGUUGGGUUUUUGGAAAGAAAUGAAGGGUGAUUUUUAUCUUAUCUGAGGAAUAGUCUGUCCCCAGAACUGCCACUAUUGACACCCUCUAUAUUUUGUCUUGAUAGAUUUAAUCAUAAUUUCAAGUGUUUUAUCCUCAACAGAUGCAAAACAGGCAGAGCAUUCUAAAACCAUAUGGUAAUACUUCAGCGGAGGAUUGCCUCAAGUUAAAAACAAACUGAGAAGUAGGUUAAGAGAUGAAAAGAGUAGGAAAACGAGAAAUCACUUCAUUAGAACCUCAAACAAUUGUAUUCUUCUUUUUAACUCUUCAAAAAUAGAACUGAAAUUUAUUGGUUGUACUACUUGAAUGAUUUUGACAUUUUAUUUCAUGCUAGGUCUACAUUAUAUACAGCCAAAUUGGAAAUAAAUCUUAAAAGGGGGCAAGUAGGGGCUUUCACACAAAUUGUCCAUAACUUAUGUAAAACUUGUUUCAAUAAAACCAGUCUUUUAUGCAAAAACCUUGUGUUGGUGUUACAUAUAAACAAAGGAAAAGUAUUGCACCAUAAUUAUCUCAUGUUACAUAAUAGUCCGUACCAAUUAUAGUGUUUGAAUGUGAUGUUUGUAGAGAUACUAUUUAGUUCAUUCAAAUAAAUGUAAAAAUGGAGCAAGAUUA